AUGUCCGGCAGGAUCGUCAUCGUUGGCGCCGGGUUCGCAGGUGUCUGGAGCGCCCUUGCUGCCAAACGUCUUAUCAACAUCUACAGCCAGACCGAAGCUUUCAAAGUCACCGUCAUAGCUCCGCAGGCAUGUCUUGUCAUGCGACCACGGCUGUACGAAAAGAACCCAUCGAGCAUGAGCCAAAAUCUCGAACCAAUAUUCAAGGCAUCCGGCAUCGAGUUCAUCCAUGGCAGCGUCGAUGAUAUCGAUGCUCACUCCCACACAGUCUCUUAUAGGUCUAGCGCAGGCACAGAACACUUUGCCACAUAUGAUCGUCUCAUUCUUGCAGCUGGAAGCUCGGUCAUUCGCCCAGAGCAGGUAUCUGGACUUCCGCAGCAUGCGCAUGAUGUAGACUCGCUAGAAGGCGCAAUCAAGCUCGAAACGCACCUCAACAGCCUUGGCGCCUACCCACCGACUACUGCUCGCGAUACUGUCGUUGUAUGCGGUGCUGGUUUCACUGGAAUUGAGGUAGCGACAGAAUUGUUCAAACGCCUCCGUUGUAUCAAGAAUCCGCGAGUAAUCUUGGUGGAGGCGACGGAAGUGCUUGGUCAAGAGCUGGGGCCAGGCCCUCGACCUGUCAUCACCCAAGCACUGGAAGAGCUUGGCAUAGAACUUAGACUCGCCUCGUCUAUUACAACGGUCGACCCAGGGGCUGUUCAGCUCGCUUCGGGAGAGAUAAUCGAGACUAUGACGACCAUUUGGACCGCCGGGGUGCGGGCAACACCCUUGACGCAGAAAAUUCCUGGGCCCAAGGAUAAACUAUCACGCCUUCAUGUCGACCGCUACCUGCGCGCCACAUCAUCAGAGCACGUCUUUGCCACUGGCGAUGCUGCUUAUGCUGCCUCUGACAACGAUGGGCACUACGCAUUGAUGUCCUGCCAGCACGCUCUUCAGCUCGGCCGUGUCUCGGGAUACAAUGCAGCCGCAGACCUCCUGGGAGUUCCCCUCUUCGAGUACAGACAGACAUCCUAUAACUGCUGUCUUGAUCUUGGCGCUUGGGGUGCCGUUGUUACGGGUGGCUGGGAAAGGAAAGUACGGCUUACAGGGGAGCUGGCGAAGCAGGCCAAGAUGUACAUCAAUCAGACGUUGAUAUACACGCCUGAGGACUAUCAUCGGGCGCUGGAAGCGGCCACACCCGUCGGACCUGACUCUGACGAGUUAUUCAAGCAAAUCAUAGAGGCCGUUCAAAAAGGGUUGAUUUUGUGA